AGAAAUUGAGGAGUUUCAGGAAGCCAGAAUGCUUUCAAUUUCAUGAAUUUCAAGUAAGGUUCUUUGGCCCAUUCAAAUAGUACAAUGUCUUGACGGAACAGCACGGUCAAGUAAAUAGUAGUUUCUGUUUUUUCAAUCAGGAAAGACUUGGUGUCCCUUGUGGCAAUGAUCUUGAUAAAAUCGGUGGUCCAUCUAGAAACAAGUGCUGCCUCAUCAACACUAUCACGAUUUAGGUUGGCAUAGAAAUCGUCAACGGGUGUGGAUGCAAUUUGCUCAUUGUCUAAAAGUGCUGCUGCCAUGGGAAGAUUCAUGUUCAUUUUGGCAACGGUGCGGAUGUUGUCUCCAAGAAGGUAGCGAAUCAAGCGUCGAAUUGAAGCGAGCUUAUAUUGACGGACAUGAUCACGCUUACCAGACAAAGCCAUGAUAACUCCGUAUUCGUGCAAAAUUUCAAUCUGCCUAAAGCGGACAUCACGAAUCAAUGGAACCGGUUGCUUGAUGGUUCCCUCUGUCAGAUCGAUAAAGUACAAGCCCUUCACGUCAGCAGUAAAGAAUUCGUUACGACUGGCAGUGAUGGGAGUGGGCUCGAAUACUUGCAAUUCGACACUCUGUACAGCAUUCACAAACACUGGGAAAUCUGUUGGGGAGAUCUGA